UAACCGUUCCCGUCCGUACGUGUUUCCCUGUAACCAUGUAGUGGAGCCUGAAGCAUUUCUCCCGAGUCGUUCGUUCGUCGUUCGUUGUUAACGUAGUGGCAUACCAUUCCAGAAGUCGCAGUCGAAAAGUAUUUCGGAGGCUUCCCGUCGCGGUUUGAAGUCGUGCACUGUAGAUACGUGUUGUAACGACGGUUUGGUGUUGACGGGGAGUGUUUUGAAGUCGAAUUUGCAUGUUUCUAGUGUAAUCUAAUGACGGCAGAGUGAAUCGAUCCGAGCCCCCGGAGUCCCUUUCGAGUACAGCAGCAAGUGUGUGAGAGUGCGGUAAUAUUAUGACAAAGAAAAACGAAUCCUGCGAGUGCCGACAGUACAUUGGAAGGGGCUGAUAUUGUCGUGAAGUGUAGACAAAUAGGCGUACUCUUUUUCUCGGAAGCGGACUUAGCAUUCCGCCGAUCAUCCAGCCACCCACCACCCACUGCGGUGCGAAGAUGGAGCUGAAGGUAUGGGUCGAAGGAAUACAGCGCAUCGUUUGUGGAGUGACGGAAGUCACCACUUGCCAGGACGUUGUUUUUGCUCUGGCACAUGCCACUGGGAAAACCGGUCGCUUCACCCUUAUCGAACGGUGGCGCAACAACGAACGAUUGCUGGCACCGCACGAGAAUCCGCUCAAGAUCCUGAUGAAAUGGGGCGAAUACUCGAGUGAUGUACAGUUUAUCUUGCAGCGAUCCGAGCAAAAGAAAGAUCAAAGUCAGCAUAACAGCACGGCAACUGCUGCUAACAAUAGUAGUAACAACAAUAAUAACAAUAACAAUAUCGUCGAUAAUAAUCCCGCACAACAGCAGCAGCAGCUUCAAUCGCCCAACCAGCAACACCCCCAAUCACAGCAGCAACUCCUGCGGCAGCAGCAGAAGCUAAAUCAGCUCAAUAACAACAACAUUAAUAACAACAGCGCCGAUGACGUGAAGAAUAAAUUGGUGCAGAACAACCUGAAGAACAGUGCCGGCGGAAAUGAUGCCUACCGGAAGCAGUCCAACCCGCAGGCGGAACUGAUUACCCACGCGCUGGCCCUGGAACGGGGCAAGGAGGCACGGAAGAGUCUCAACUCCGGGUCCCCGCCGAAUUUGAAGAGCGCCGCCAGCAAUAACAAGAUCAUUGGAAAUAGCCAUGUCAAGGUCGAAAACGUCGGCAUAGUGAAGGGAAUUCCGCAGAAAUCGCCUCACAGCAGCACCAGUUCUAGCGGCAGCACCAGCAGUAGUGCUAGCGGUAGCAGUAGCGGCAGCCUUGGCAAGCAGAACGGGAAUGCCAUCGAAGCCACGUACGCCAGUGUAAUCAAGAAGCCCAAAAAUCAUCCGAUUGCGAAUGGUAUCGUAGGAGAAUUCAACGCGGCCGAUCUCCGAAAUUCGUUGGACCGAAAACUGAACGGUCUAUUGUACAGCAAUGGAAUCAAUACCAGCCAUCAUGGGCACCACCACCACGGUCAGUCGGCUGCAACGACGGCGAUUGUAGGCGCAACGUUAAAGGAAAACCCUCGCUUCGGUGGACUCGGUCAUCAUGUUAACAGUAACGAUAGCUUAUUAUUGGAUAAUAGUAGCAUCAGUAGCGUCAGCAGCACCGGCAAUCAUAAUCUGCUGCUCAGUCCGGCGAGUACCAACAGCAACACCAACUCCCCCGUCAUCGGAAUAUCGUCAAACGGGGCGCUGGUUCCGCCACCCUAUCGCGAUCCACCACCCCCGAGAAAUUCACCCCUCCUGCACAAGUUGGACAGCUUGAACAACAAUAACCAAACCGGCAGUCUAAGCAGCAACAGCAGUAGCAUCAAUAGUCAAACCCUCAACAAUCUCAACGUCAACAGGAAACUCGAGAAGGAUAGUAUCAACAUGAAUCUAGCGCUGAAUGCUGCUGUGGCCGCCGUCACCACCGCAGCCACUGGGACCGUUCCGGCAGUAGCGGCGAGCACCACCGGUCCCGGCAGCAUCGGCAGCGGAAGCAGCGCAAGCAAUGCCAACGAGUUGCUUCUGCUCAAUGAGCUGAAUCUGAACGAUGGGCCGCUGCAGAAUGCCACCCAGUACCGGGACCUGAUACAGCUUAUCAGGUAUCAACGGGAGAAAAUCAAUACCCAGCAAGCGGAUCUGUCUAAGUACGAUUCGGAAAUUCAGUACCUGGAGAGCAAGGGUCGCGAGCAGCAGGAAAAGCUGGACGGCAUCAACCAGGAGAUCAGUAAAACCGACCAGCUCUACCGGCAGGGCAGCGAGCAACUGCAGACGCUCCAGUACGUCGAAGAGGAGGGCGAACUGGUCCGGCAGCAGGAGAAAACGCUCAAGUCCGAAAUCACCCUGCUCCGGUCCAAGUUGGCCAACUGCGAGACGGAACUGUUGCAGUGCAAGAACAAAAUCCGCCUGCUGAUGGACGAGAUUCAGGUCGAGCAGCGCAAGUAUUGCCGACAGUAUGACACUAAUCGUGCACAGUUAGAACGCCAUCUAAUGUCUGAAGUUGACAGGAUCCAACUGGAGAUCGAUCUGGCGAUUCAGAGUACGGACCAUGCGAGCAAGGCUACCGACAAGCUGAAGAGUGAGGUCGCGGUCAUCGAGAACAGCAUCGCCGAGAAGAAGAAGCAAGUGGAACAGCUGGUGCACGAGAUGAAGGAGGUUAACCUGCAAAGUUUGGCCGUGGCGCCUGCGGACGAAGUCCGACAUCUACUGGAAGUGGGGUCCGUAAAGCCUGGCAGUACGCGCCGAAUGAUUGGCUCCCCGAGACAGCUUGAGAAUGCGGUUCCUACCAGCAAAAACCCGCACGGCGUUUGGGUCUAGGUUCUGAGCAGCCACGUGGCAAGAGUAAGCAACAGCAGCGGUACGCAAUAAAAUAAUCAACCAAUUGUGAUAUUGUUUUAAGAGAGGGGGUACACCCUAUAGAUUGAAAACAUUUUGACACGGGGUCAAGAUACAACAGGCCCCCAAAAUAAUUACACCGUUUGGAGUGCAAUCUAUGUCCACACGAUAGUACACACUUACACACUCACAAAUGAAAUCUUCAUCAAAAGCGGCCUCAUUUUUACUCUCUAACACAAUUGAUUUUCUACACUCUAAACUUUCCACGUACUAUUUUUGAUAGAUGCAUUAUUAAUUUUACUUCUCUACGAAAAGGAAACAUUCCAAACAAAAUUUUAAAUUGAAAACUAUUUGUAUAGGAAUAUUAAAUUUUUUUCAACUUGCAAGGGUCCAAUCUACUUACGGGAAAAGUUAUUCAAAAUCAAAACUGAUUAAAUCAGUCUCUUGAAUCGAUUUCGGUUCACGCUUAGGUUUUUUUCGUUUUUCUCAAACAUUCCUUUCGAUUUGACGAAACAAAAAAAUCAAAACAAAAACAAAAAAUGACAAACACCACACCGCGCAAUAAUCGCCUCAAAGCGUAAAAAAAGUAUAAUAACUGUUGAAGAUGACAAAACAAAUAUAUAAAUAACACACCACAAACUGUAAAGACGGAAUUAACACAGGAACAUUCCUCAUCAAUGUUUAUACAUAGUUAACUGUUGACUAGGUAGCUUCCAUGCCUUACUUUAUUUUACCGUUAAAAUAUUAGAUGGCUUUCGGUUUCUUAAGAAGGUAGCAAAAGAAAAAGCCAUUUAGGAGCCAAGUUUUCAUCACGCAAGAUCGCAACUUUGUAAUAUUUAUUGUUCCACCCGGCCGCAAAUGCAGGCAAAGUCUCUAGGCACUUGAUCGAAAGCUAUCCUUCACGGUUUUCCUACAACCACAAGCAGGAAGAUAGUGAAAUUUGGCUUCCACCGUUCGAGGAAUUGAAAAGAAAAAGCUUUUUUUUCUACCUUAACUAGUGGGUAAAAUAGUUGAACAGAUUUUAUUUUGUGUGAGUAAACGCAUAGGAGCAAUAGACAGCUGACUCAUUAGUUAAAACAAUGUUUAAAAAAAUGCCAUUUUCAUAUAUAAGUUUUAAGCACUUUUCAAGCAGCACUUUAAGUUUUUGUGUAAAAUGUAGAGCUAAGUUAACGUUUAGAUAUUAAACAAAUCAACUAUUCAUAGGAAAUAGAAAAUAGCGAAUGCAACCCGAUCUCGCCAAUACGAUUGCGAGCGAAUGAUUUCAAACAAAAUUUAAAACAAUAAAAAUGGUUAAUAGUUAAAUAAAGAAGUGAAGAAACAAAACACCACAAGUACUCGUACUCAACCGUUAUAUUCACACACUAAACAAUAAAACAAGAACACUGCUGAAAGUCGUCCAUCGACUAUUGCAUGCAACUAAACCACCUGAUUGAAAGCAAACAGCACAUAGUUAGAAGAAUUAAAUGAAAACAAAAAAAAAACAUACGCAAAAAAAUUUAUCACGAAAAAAACCACAUUCACACGCUGACUUGCAAGAUAAAUCGAAUUACACAAAUUUCUAUCAAAUGCUCACAAAAGAGACACCACAACCACACACACACACUCUAUAUAUAUUUUUGUCCAGCCAGAAUGAGACUCUAUUUUCCUACAGAAAAUUUAUACCUUCAAAACCACAACAAAACCCAGGUUUAGGAGACGACAGCUCUAACUGAAAGGUUUCACGUAGCAGGACUUGGCGCCCUUUUUCACUUUUCACACUCAACUGAACGAAAGGAGAAGGUCUAAAACAGUUAGGUACUUUGACUCCCCUAGGGAAGAUGAGAACGGGGCAAAAAAACAUGGAAUUGAACUACUAUUUACUGGAACGGAAACUGCAGCACAGCUAUCAAAAUUUAUUAUUAAAACUCAACAACAGUAACUCUAACUCUAAACAGAAAAUGUGCAGCUGCACAGAAAGCACAGAAAUACCUAAUUGGUUCGUUAAAGGUGGAAACCGUAAAGGUCCGACACCGACGAGAACAAUAAACUGUCACUAUCAGACACAUCUAUUGCUAAUGCUAACACUACAUGGAAAUGUUGUCCUAUUGAAAGUAACGCUUAAAUUGGACUGCUAGCAAUCAACGCGAAUUUUAGGUAUAGUUCGAAAUGGCGAGUAAUCGAGUUUAGGUUGAUUCUGGUUGAAUUUAUAUUGUCAGUGGUAAUUGUAAAAGUUGUGUGGAACCACUGGAAAUUUUUCUGAAUUUCAUAGAAAUGAGUCACAUAUUUUAUUCGAAAAAAUAUUUCAAUGGAGGCGCUUGGUAACCAUUAAUUUUGCUAAAAAUGCGUGGAAACGUGGAAACGAUGAAAAAACGAUGAGAAUCAGCCAAAAGCAAUGUUAAUGAUAUGCUUUUCGUGCAUAAAAUUUAAAUGUGUAUUUUCCGCUUACCAUUCGUAGU